AUGGAUGGAUUUGGUUCCGAUUUUUCAUCAGGUGCUGGGUCCGGUAAAAUGGAUACCGGCACAAUCAUGGAGCAAGUAAAGGUCCAGAUUGCGGUGGCUAAUGCGCAAGAGCUCUUGCAGGUAAUUUGCUAUGCUAGCUAGCUACAUUCAUUGUAGACAGCUGACAGCUAGCUGACUGGUUAGCUAAUUGUUGAGUAGCAAGUUGAAAUAGCUAAAGGUAGCUAAUGUGAAAGCAAUAAGUUACUACCACCAUACAACUAGUUAGCAAGCUAGCUAGUUCAAUAGGCCUUAUAGCUACAAGCUGGCUAACGUUGGUUAGCUAACUAGCUAUCUUAGCCUGUCAAUGAAUGAAUGAAUGAAUGAAUGAAUGGUGUUUUUUCUUAGCAAGCCAUGUAAAUAUUUUAUUACAUUCAUAUUUCCAACAUAUAGUUAACUACAAACGGCAUAUUUGGUAUGUAGGCCAGGCCUAUUAUCAAUGCAGUUAGCUAAAUUGCCUGUCAGAGGUCGUGUUGCCUGAGGUGAGUGAUGAUGGGUUAAAUCUUAUCUUUCUCCUCUUUUGUAGAGGAUGACAGACAAAUGCUUCAAGAAAUGCAUAGGCAAACCAGGAGGCACGUUGGAUAACUCUGAACAGGUAUGCCACUGUAUUUUAUUUGCAGAUUAUUAUAAUGGGAUAUGGAUAUGAAGUGGUUGAUUGUGUCCCCUAACUUGAAUCAGUGACGUUGUCAUUUGAGACAUCCGGUAUGUUGGAAAUGUGAAAAUGCAAAUAUUUUGCAGUGGUAAUGCUGACUGAUAUUUUUGUGUUUAUUGCAGAAAUGCAUCGCAAUGUGCAUGGAUCGAUAUAUGGAUGCAUGGAAUACUGUGUCCCGUGCCUACAAUUCCAGACUACAGAGGGAAAGAGCU